ACUCCCUCCACUUACUACUUUUACUAUAAAACCCAAAGGAGACCAAAUCUCUCUGCGAACAUGAAUUUGGUCUUCUUCGCUUUAAUCUUUAGUUUCUUUCUCACGUAACAUUAAUUAUUUGUUCUCUCGUCUACCAAAAAUUUAUGGACUAUGAUCCCAACACCAACCCAUUCGACCUUCAUUUCUCCGGUAAACUUCCGAAAAAGGAAGUCUCGGAUUCGAGUUCUGCAGAUGUGAAGACAAAAUGGUUAGUGAAAGACGACGAGACAUGUAUGUUACAAGAAGAGUUAAACCGGGUUAAUUCGGAGAACAAGAAGCUAACCGAAACACUAGCCAGAGUCUGUGAGAAGUACUAUGCUUUACAGAAUCUUUUAAAGGAGUUGCAAAGUCCUGAAAAUGUGAAGUUUCAGAACCAAAAGUUAACAAAGAAACGAAAACAAGACCUGGAUGAGUUUGUAAGCUCCCCUGUUGGACUCAGUUGCGGCCCAACAAUCGAGAAAAUCACCAGCGAUAAAGCAACGGUUUCAACCGCUUACUUCCACACCGAGAAGUCUGACACUAGCUUGACUGUGAAAGAUGGAUAUCAAUGGAGGAAAUAUGGGCAAAAGAUUACGAGAGAUAAUCCAUCUCCUAGAGCUUACUUCAGAUGUUCGUUUUCACCAUCUUGUCUGGUCAAGAAGAAGGUGCAACGAAGUGCAGAAGAUCCAUCUUUAGUGGUAGCCACUUACGAAGGGACACAUAACCACCCAGGCUCAAAUGCAAGUGGGUCUAGGACAGUGAAGCUUGAUUUAGUUCAAGGUGUUCUUGAACCAGUUGAGGAAAAGAAAGAGAGAGGAACGAUUCAAGAUGUCCUGGUGCAAAAAAUGGCUUCUUCUUUGACCAAAGAUCCUAAGUUCACUGCAGCUCUUGCGGCUGCUAUAUCUGGGAGAUUUAUAGAGCAAUCAAGAACAUGAAAGUUCUGUAGAAUAUAUAUGAUUUUGUUUUUUCUAUUUUAUUGCUCAUCCCAGUUAAAGGAAAUGUGGGUUUUGGGGUGAUAUUGAUUAGGAGAUAAAGACGUCAAGUCUAGUAUGUAUAUUUACAUCAAAUCAAAGUAUCCAAAUGAUACACUGAUUUUCAAA